CUUCGAUCUUCGCCAGCACCCCUCUCUUUGCUCGCGCUCCCCCUCGAGAAACCCUAGCUUCGUCGUGCUCCACCUCUCCCUCCUCACCUCGGCGCGGCCCUCUACGCUCCCUCCGGAUCCGCUUCCAGCCCUUAUCGUUGCCGUCGAUCGCGUCCUCUCGUUCUCCGCGUCGCGCGCCGCACUCUCCGCCCGCUGCCGGCAUCGCCAGCACGCAGGGCUUCCGAAGUUCGAAGAAAGACAAGAUUAUAGUCUUGAAGGCUUGCGAGACUCUGAGGAGGACCCCAUUUUGAAUAUAUUCAUCAUUUAGUGUCGCGACUGUGAGAGGGUUCUUCUUUGCUUCGUGGCUGUUUCCUUGGUGCAGAGGAAGGAUUUGGAUUGCCGGCUAAUUCCCUGUUAUUAUUUUACAAGUUAUGAUGCUGCUGCAUCUUAAAAUAGGUCAAGUUAUCCUGCUACAUGCAACAUACAUCAGGAUGUAGGGCCAGAUAACGAAGUAAUGGCCUCAAAGGGUCCUAGAUCAAAGCUAGAUCAUGACACAAGAGCCAGACGCCAAAAGGCUCUUGAAGCCCCCAAAGAACCACCUCGACCUAAGGCUCAUUGGGACCAUGUUUUGGAAGAAAUGGUUUGGCUAUCAAAGGAUUUUGAGUCCGAAAGAAAAUGGAAAUUGACGCAGGCCAAGAAGGUCGCUGUAAGAGCCAGUAAGAGCAUUCUUGAGCAUGCAACAAGAGGAGAAAAGAAAGUGAAGGAAGAGGAACAACGAAUGAGAAAAGUUGCAGCUAACAUUUCAAAGGAUGUGAAGAAAUUUUGGAUGAAAAUAGAGAAGCUGGUUCUGUACAAGCAUCAACUCGAGCUGGAAGAAAGAAAGAAGAAGGCAUUAGAUAAGCAGCUAAAUUUUCUUCUAGGUCAAACUGAAAGGUAUUCUACCAUGUUAGCUGAAAACCUUGUAGAUAAACCCAAUUCUUUUAAACAAGCUCCUGUAGAUAGUGGAAUAGAACAAACAUGCAUAUUGGAUGGGGAAAGGGAUAAAAAUGGCCCGACAGAAAGCACUCCAGAGCCUGUAAAUCAUUUAGUAAAAAUGGAAAGUGAUGAUGAUUAUGGUUUGCAAUCUGAAGAUGAACCGGGGGAUGAUGAGCAAACAAUUGAUGAAGAUGAGGCCCUCAUAACUGAAGCAGAACGGGAAGAAGAAUUAGCUGCUUUGCAGAAUGAGGCUGAUCAACCACUUGAGGAGAUUCUCAAAAGCUACAUGAACAACACAGUGAGCAGGGAAGUCAGUCCAGAAGGGGUUCAAGAUGUCACUGAACCAGUUAUGAAGCCAAAAGAUCACAUUAAUGAUUCAUGGAACCAAGUAAAUGGAUCGAAGCAUGCUGAGGAAUCAGUUGAUGCUGCUCAUCAAAUUACAGGCGUUGAGGAGCAUCACUCUCUUGACAGGACAAUUCAAAACAGAAAAUUGCUCAAUUCCAAUCAUCUGCAUCAUAUGGACAGCAAUGGUAAGAAUUCCUGCUUGGAGGGAAACUUCGGUAUAAAGAAAUUGCAAUCUAAAUCUCAGCCAACAAAUUUGAAUACAACAGACAAGGAAUAUUUGCCUCAUAGUUCUGAUGAUGAAAGGGAUGAUGAGACAACAUUGUCAGAAGAGGAAAAAUUGGCAGAUGAAGAAGCACAAAAUCCUCUAGAUGAGAUCAAGUUACUCGAAGCAGAAAGUGACGUUCCUCUUGCUGAAUUGCUUGCAAGGUAUAGGAAGGAUGCUGAAACUGUUUAUAACUCUGCUGAAUCUGAAUGUGCUUGCUCAAGUUCGGAUGAUCUAGUAGAUAAAGUUUCAAAUCAGGAUUUUCAAUGCAAAACUUCAUAUGGCCCAUCUAAUGAAGAUCCACUUGACUUAGAAAAUUCUGCUAAACUCAAUGAGGGAGAUGUUCACAUUGAUGAAGUAGAAGUGGAGAACAAUAGCUUGCUAGAAAGGAGGGAGGGAGAGGAUAUAAUUGCUGAUGCUGCUGCUGCCGCAAGAUCAGCACAACCAACGGGUAACACUUACUCAACAACGAAAGUCCGUACAAAAUUGCCUUUCCUUUUAAAGCAUUCUCUACGUGAAUACCAGCAUAUUGGUUUGGAUUGGCUGGUUACAAUGUAUGAAAAGAGGCUCAAUGGAAUUCUAGCGGAUGAAAUGGGUUUGGGGAAGACAAUCAUGACCAUUGCACUUUUGGCACACUUAGCAUGCGAGAAAGGAAUUUGGGGUCCUCAUCUCAUUGUAGUACCAACCAGUGUCAUGCUUAAUUGGGAAACAGAAUUUCUGAAAUGGUGUCCUGCUUUUAAAAUACUGACAUACUUUGGGAGUGCAAAGGAAAGAAAGCAUAAACGUCAAGGCUGGUUGAAGCUGAAUUCCUUUCAUGUAUGCAUCACUACGUACCGACUGGUUAUACAAGAUUCAAAAGUAUUCAAGCGAAAGAAGUGGAAAUACCUUAUCCUAGAUGAAGCUCAUUUAAUAAAGAACUGGAAGUCUCAGAGAUGGCAAACACUAUUAAAUUUUAAUUCAAAGCGUCGGAUUUUAUUGACAGGGACACCGCUGCAAAAUGACCUCAUGGAACUCUGGUCUUUGAUGCAUUUUUUGAUGCCUCAUAUUUUUCAGUCGCACCAGGAAUUUAAAGAUUGGUUUAGUAAUCCAAUAUCUGGGAUGGUUGAGGGUCAAGAGAAAGUUAACAAAGAAGUUGUAGAUAGGUUGCACAAUGUCCUUCGACCUUUCAUACUGAGGAGGCUGAAACGAGAUGUGGAGAAACAACUUCCGAAGAAGUUUGAGCAUGUUAUUUAUUGCAGGCUUUCGAAAAGGCAAAGAAAUCUGUAUGAAGAUUUCAUUGCCAGCUCAGAGACACAAGCAACACUAGCAAGUGCAAAUUAUUUUGGCAUGAUAAGUGUUAUAAUGCAACUCCGUAAGGUUUGUAACCAUCCAGAUCUCUUUGAAGGUAGACCUAUUAUAAGUUCAUAUGACAUGGCUGGUAUCAACAUGCAACUGAGCUCAUUGAUUUCUACUAUGUUCUCACCUGGUCCAUUUUCUGAAGUUGAUCUCAAAGGAUGCAAUUUCGUCUUCACCCAGCAUGACUUUAACAUGACUUCUUGGGAGACUGAUGAAGUUGCAGCGAUUGCUUCUUCUUCAAAAUUUCUGAUUGAUUCUCAUUCAAAGGCUUUAAAUCAAGCUCUGUUUUACAUUAAAAAAAAUGGCAUUGAAAAGUGUAAUCAUGAAUCAAACAUAUUUGAAGAGUUUCAUAAGGCUCUUUUGGAGGAAAGGUUGAAAGAGUCAAAGGCAAGGGCAGCUACAAUUGCUUGGUGGAAUUCUUUCCGAUGCAAAAAGAGGCCAAUAUAUGGAACUGAUUUAAGGGAACUUGUUACUGUCAAGCAUCCUGUUUUUAAUGUUCAUGAUCAGAAGAAUAAUCCCUCAUGUUACUUAGAUUUCUCAUCCAAACUAGCUGACAUUAUCUUAUCUCCGGUUGAACGCUUGUUGGUGUUUGUUGGGCUGCUUGAGUCUUUUAUGUUUGCAAUCCCUGCUGCUCGAGCCCCUUUUCCCACUUGUUGGUGCAGUAGAGGAAGAUCCCCUGUUCUUUUUGAACCAUCUUACAUUGGCAAAUGCACAGAAGUCUUUGCUCCCCUUCUGACACCUAUCAGGCCUGCCAUUGUUCGAAGGCAAGUUUAUUUCCCUGAUAGGCGUCUGAUACAAUUCGACUGUGGAAAGUUGCAGGAGCUUGCUACCUUACUAAGGCGAUUGAAAUCUGAAGGCCACCGGGCAUUAAUUUUUACGCAGAUGACAAAAAUGCUUGAUAUCUUGGAGGCUUUCAUUAAUUUAUAUGGUUAUACAUACAUGCGUUUAGAUGGUUCCACACAACCGGAAGAGAGGCAAACACUCAUGCAGCGGUUCAAUACAAAUCCGAAAUUUUUCCUUUUCAUUUUAUCCACUCGUAGUGGAGGUGUGGGAAUUAAUCUAGUUGGGGCAGACACAGUUAUCUUCUAUGACAGUGACUGGAAUCCUGCUAUGGACCAACAAGCACAAGAUAGAUGCCACAGAAUUGGACAGACACGAGAAGUGCACAUUUAUCGACUUAUUAGUGAGAGUACUAUCGAGGAGAACAUUUUGAAGAAAGCAAAUCAGAAGCGAGUCCUAGAUGAUUUGGUCAUACAAGGUGGUAGCUACAACACAGAGUUCUUUAAAAAGCUGGAUCCAAUGGAACUAAUCUCUGGCCAUAGAGCCCUCCCUCCUGAAAAUUUACGUAAAGGGACCUCUGAAAUUCCUGAACUUUCUCAUAGUACAAUGGGAGCAGAUUUAUCCAAUGCAGAUGUUGAAGCUGCUAUCAAACAUGCUGAAGAUGAAGCAGAUUAUAUGGCUCUUAAAAGAGUUGAGCAGGAAGAGGCUGUGGAUAAUCAAGAGUUCACUGAGGAGGCAAUUGGGAGGUUAGAAGAUGAUGAUUUACUUAAUGAGGAUGAUAUAAAGGCUGACGACAGGGGUCAUGAGGAACAGGGCUUCUGGGCUUCUGUUACAAGCAAGAACACUGAUGUCACCACCCCAUUUGAGGGUGGUGAAAAUGAAGAAAAUGCUUUGGCAUUGGCUGAGGGUGAUGAAGACAUUGACAUGUUAGCUGAUGUGAAGCAAAUGGCAGCUGUGGCUGUGGCAGCUGGUCAUGCAAGCUCAUCAUUUGAAAAUCAGCUUCGACCAAUUGAUAGAUAUGCAAUGAGGUUUUUGGAUCUCUGGGAUCCAAUAAUAGACAAAUCUGUAAUAGAUCUUCAGGUUAAUCUUCAGGAGGAAGAGUGGGAGCUUGAUCGAAUUGAGAAACUCAAGGAUGAGUUGGAAGCAGAAAUUGAUGAGGACCACGAACCUUUUCUAUAUGAAAGAUGGGAUGCAGAUUUUGCAACUACAGCAUAUCGGCAGCAUGUGGAAACUUUAGCUCAGCGUCAGUUGAUGGAAGAACAAGAAUGCGAAGAUCAAAUGGAAAAUGAUGGUGGAGAUGAAAAUUGUGAUGUGGCUAGGAGGGAGGCUUCUGAUGAACGCAAGCAGAAGUCAAAAAAGAAACAGAAGAAGACAAAGUUCAAAUCUCUGAAGAAAGGACCUCUAGCAUCUGAACUGGACACAGUACAUGAGGAACCUUUGUUAGAUUUUAUUUCUGAUGAUGACAAGGCACAUUCUCUGGGUUUCACCAGUCCUGAGUCACCACCAUGCUCACCUGUUAAGAAAAAGAGGAAGAAGGCUACACCUGCACCCUACGAAGAAAGGAGUUCAAAGAAAAAUUCAAAGAAACGAAAGAGAACUGCUGACUGCAACCAUGUUAUAGCCAACUCGUUUGUGAAGCAACAUGUACAAACAAAGGACUUGGAUAUUGGGGAGGGAAUUAAUGAUUUUGACCUCAGGCCAUCUAGCCGAGUGAAGGUUGGUGGCAAAGUCUCCAUCAUAACUAUGCCUGUGAAACGUGUCUUGGUGGUCAGGCCAGAAAGGUUAAAAAAGAGAGGACAUGUUUGGUCAAAAGAUUGCUUUCCGCCACCAGAUGCUUGGUCAUCAAGUGAGGAUGCCAUGUUGUGUGCGGCCGUACAUGAGUAUGGCACAAACUGGAGUCUUGUUAGCGAUGUUCUUUAUGACAUUCCUGGUGGUGGAUAUCAUAGAGGGAGGUUUCGCCAUCCUGUACAUUGUUGUGAGAGAUUUCGUGAGCUUUUUUAUAAAUAUGUUACGUCUACCACAGACAAUUCGAACACUGAGAAGAUCAAUUCUUCAGGAUCUGGGAAGGCUCUCCUUAAAGUAACUGAGGAUCAUGUACGGACAAUGCUAGCAGUGACCAGCGAGCUGGCUGACAAUGAGUUGCUUCUUCAGAAACAUUAUGUUGCUGUGCUUGCUUCUGUAUGGAGGGCUAAGUACCGCACUGAUCGAUGUCAAACCGUGGCUUCUCAAAAUGGCUUUCAUUCAAAUAGGUUUUUAGGGUAUUUAUCUGGAAGAAUGCCUAGAAGACUGACUGAGAACUCAAACUUGGUGGGUUUAAGGAAGAGCAUGAAGCUCAUACUGAUGGCCCUUAAUGAUGCAGAUAAGAGGGAGAAUCAAGGAGAAUUUCCAGUUUCUAGACAAGCAGAGGCUCCUGCUAGAGAUCAGUUGGAUUUGACAUUAGACUUCCCUGUUGACAAAGAAAACCAAGAAAAUGAUUUCCCACCAACCAUUACCGUGUCUAUUUCCGAGGAUGAUCAUCCAUCACAGUCAGCAGAAGGAACUCAUGAGUCAACGCUGCUAUCUGAACAUUCUGUCAGAGUUGCUGAGAAUCGAUUGAGGCUGUCAUCAGAGGCUUGCUUUGAAGGUGAGGCUCGAGGGUGGGCAUCAGCAGCUUUUCCCACCAGUGAUGUUGUCAGGUAUAAACCUGGCAUGAAGUCUCAAUCUCUAGGCAAGCACAAAUCUGUUUCAGAUUCAGCCAAGCCUCCAAAAUCCAAGGUUUUAAGGGUAGCAGAAUCAAACGAAGAUUGUACUGCGUUGACAAGUGGACCUCUUGCUCCUUCAAGUAUUAUGGAUUGGCCCAGCUCGCCUUGCCAGAACAACUCAUGGGAUGAUGAUCUUGGCACCUCCUUCACUAUGGAUGUGCCUCUGCAAGACACUAUUUCCCCACAUGAGUUUGAUCCAAAUUUCAUCACAGGCCUUGAAGACCUUGGAUCGUUACUGGAUAUUACAGAUGUCGGAUGAGGUUUAGUAAGCUGUGUUUGAGCUUAUGUAUCUCAUUCGGAAAAACCAUCUGCACCCAGAAUCUGGUCGGUUUUGAGCAUUUUGACAACAAUUUUGCAACUGAUCUGCUAAUUGGACUUUUACAGGUCAAAAGACAGAUGGCAAAGCACAGGAAAACAUAAAGACUUGCAUUUUUCAUGCUGGUUGGAUGGUAUGGGAUGGGGUUCUGGCUGCUUACAUAGAAAUGUAUAGUAGCGUAGGUUUUAGUGAUGUAAUAUAGUUUUCCCCCUUUUUUUUAAUCUCUUUAGGAAAAUCUUGUAAUUCAUUACAACAGCUGAUCUGCUUCUUUUCAUGAGGAAUUUUAUACUGGGUUGAUGCCCAGAAAAAAAAAAAGAGAGGAGUAAAUGAUGGCCGUUUAUUUUCUAAUUCAAGGGAAGAUGUCAUGCUUUCUUUGUGAAGAGUAGAUGACCUGCUCUAACUUUGACUUCUUGUUGAAGGGUAGAUUGUGUCCUGACUAUCCAGAUUGAUGAAUGACAAAUAUAUGGUCUACAGAUUAAAGUAGUUAUUUUU